UCUAUUGUACUGACUAUUGAGUGAGGAAGCGCCUAUUUGUUGUUAGAGGCUGGGAAACUUGGUCUCUCACCAACUUGGCGGUCCAAGGUCAAAGUCAAGGUUGUUGUUAAGGACUCGUGGACCUAGAUCUAGUUGAGAUAGAUGAUCUACCCAUUGCUCUGCCACCUAAGCUGUCAAUCUCGUGUCUACCCGUGCGUGAAAAUUGCGGCCAUUGUCCGUCGCGGGAAUCUAGGCAAAAUAAAAAAUAGGCUUGUCUUCUUCUCUCGGACUAUAACACACGGACUGACAGAGCUGAAAUCCAGAAUCUAGCUAGACUAGAUUUAGACUAUCAUCUAGCUAGUUCAUUGCACUGAUCACUGACUAUUAAGUCUACAAUUUAGAUCUAGUACUAGUUAGUAGGCUAUCGGUCGAGAAUACUUCAUUACUUGUGAUCUAGACUCUUAGAUCUAGAUCUACUAGAUUUUGUUUUAUACGGAUAAAUUUCUGAUAAAGUCACUAAAAAAAAAGGCGUCUAUAAGGUGCAUUUAGAUUGUGUAGAUUGUGCUAUUUUCCAAAAUGCCUAUCCUUGUGGAUAAUGCGUCAGCUGAUUACGUUAGGAUAAAGCUGGAAUUUUUGGAACGGCUGAAGAUAAACUUUCACAUGUCAAUGGAUGAAUUUAUUGCACAGGUUUCUUAUGUCACCAAUGAAUGGCUAUCGCAAAAAGAAAAAAGUUUAAAUAGUUAUUUGGAGUUGAGCGCCACUCUUGAGAGAACCAUCCAUUUUAUGUCUCAUCAAAUUACCAGUGUAACACCGGACCCUGAAGUAGUUAAAGCUAUCCUGGACAAAGUUGUAGCUGCUGCAAGCCUUGACAAGGACUUAAGCCAACAUCCACCUGUUAAGUCCACACAAGCAGAGACAACAGCAACAGCUUCCACACUAGCAGAGACAACAGCUUCCACACUAGCAGAGACAACAGCUUCCACACUAGCAGAGACAACAGCUUCCACACUAGCAGAGACAACAGCUUCCACACAAGGAGAUACAAUAGCCACAACUUCUGUGCAGGGAAAGGUUGUUGCAGCAUCCUUGACACAGAGGCAGCAUGAAAUGGUGUUUGAGUUACAGACUUUGUCCAAGUACACUGCUGGCCACUACCCAUACCUGAAGAAGCUGUUGACCGACACACAGGGACAUCACUCUGGAGGCAGAAACCAUUCUUUCCAUGAUGCUAUGGAAAAUGUUUUGUGUGGGCUUUACACAACCCCUGGAGGUGUUGCUGACAACGGUAGAGGCCCUGCUAAAGAAACCAGUUCAGAAGACGAGUCCUCCAUGCGUAGAUGCCUUGCUGAGGAAACCAGUUCAGCUGUGGAGCCCAUCGUGCCACAAGUAUGUAGAGAGGAAUUUCUAAAUGUAAUAGUAUAUCAACAGUCAGUGCUAGAGAGUUAUGUAAAUAAUCUAAAUGAUAAACAUUCCGUUUUAGAAGGUAAACUAUCACAGAUUUCACUUUUAGAUUCUAAGUUUACAGAGAGGUUGAACAGGCUGGAUGAUAAAUUACAUCAAUUUUUUGGAAAUUAUUCACAGUCAGAACAAAUUCAAAAUGACUGUGCAUCUGAUCAAAUAAAUCUUGAUCCUGAACUUUUACAGUCAAUAAAACAUCAUCAGUCUCAGAUUGAUUCCAAAAUAGAAACAAUUGAACAAAAACAUUCUGUUAUGGAAACCCAUCUUGGGCAGAUAUUAAUCUUAGACCACAAAUUCACAGAGCUUGUCAACAAACAGGAUGCUAAAAUUCAGCAGUAUUUAAGCAGACACUCCAUAGCUAUGAAAAGUGUUGAUGACAUGUCCAAGAGGCUUAACUCCUGCUAUAAAGAUGUUGAGAUUACCAAAAAACAGAUGCACAGGAACAGUGAUCAGCAGAAAAUGUAUUUGAGUGAGCUGGAUUCGAAGCUCAAUGCUCUAACAGAGGAACAUGUGAAGCAGACCCAGCAUAUCCAGUCAUUAGCACUGAGGGUAGAAGAUGGGGAGAAAAGUGGUUCAACGCUGGCGGAACAGGUCACACUGUUGGAGAAUUCUCAAAACAAUCGCUUUGAUGAGGUGGGGGUACUUGUGAACAGCUGUUGCUCUAAGCAAGUGCUGUUAGAGAAAAGCCUUGAGAAACUCUCAUCCCUUCAGUCUAAGCUUGAAGCAGAGCUGAAAAAACUAGUCAGCACCAAGUAUGACUCGGAACAAGUCAAAUCUUUGGGAAAUAAACAAGCAGCCAGUGAUAGGAAAUUGUCCAAUCUUUAUGACAACUUUGCUCAUCUUGAGAGAAAGCUGCUCAAGGUGGACAAGAGUGUAGAGACAUUUUCAGAGCGUCUUUCUAAACAGGAUCUCUCUGUGAAUGUCCGCAAUCUUGAGAAAAAUCAGGGCAAGGUGGAAAGAAGUGUAUCAAUUGUAACUGAGUUUCAGUCAAAACUUGAGUCUGAGCUCUUCAAACAAGUGCAAGUUAAGAAAGAAGUAGAAAGGAUUGAUAAAAAGCAGCAAGAGUUAAUCAAAAAGUUAGAUAGUAUUGCCAAAUCAGAUCUGGAUAAGACUUUGAAAGAAUGGUCUGAUGACUUAACACUUUGCAAGAGUCGCAUUGAGUACUUAUUUGAAGAAGGUUCACCUAGCAACAUCAAGACCCUUUCAGAAGACUUUUCCACACACACCCUUCUGUUUAAAGAACAUGAAGAAUACACUUCUGGGGCAUUGACAAGGCUUUCAGAGAAGACAUCUCAGGUGUCUCAAACACUAGAUGCUGUUACCCCAUUGUUAAACACCUUAAAGAGAACAGUUGAAAGUGUGGAGCAAGUUCACUUGUCAGGUUUCACCAAGUUUUCUUUCAGACUUGGCCAAACCGAACAAAUGAUUAGGACUGUCAAAAAUGCAGUGAGUAAAAGAGUAACUAAGCUAGAAGAAAAGUACUUGGAGUUGUCUGAUAUUCUGACAGAUCAUAGCGAAGAUCUCCGCUCUUUUGGUGCUGCUAUUGACUCUCAGUAUAAUGUUAACAAUGACUUAAGGACCUGCUUAUAUGGUGUCGUUGAAAAAGGUAUCGAAAAUCAAAGUUCAAUGCAAGAAUUGGCGGAAAAAUUUCAAAUUAAAGUUGAUCUGAUAGAUUGCUUAAGGGACAUUCAAAGAUCUCAUUCAAGCAGAAUAGAAACCAUUGAAACAGACAUCAGUUAUUGCAAUGAAAAAAUAGACUUGCUACAAAAGCCUGAAUAUUGCAACCAAGAGGCUUGUGCUGUAAUUGUAGACCACACUCAGAAUGAUCAAGUGGUCUCUGUUGAGAAGUCUGAAGAUCAAGUAGUCCAGGUUGAGAAGUCUGAAGAAGUGGUCCAGGUUGAGAAGUCUGGAGAAGUAGUCCAGGUUGAGAAGUCUGAUGAAGUGGUCCAGGUUGAGAAGUCUGAUGAAGUGGUCCAGGUUGAGAAGUCUGAAGAAGUAGUCCAGGUUGAGAAGUCUGAAGAAGAGGUCCAAGUUGAGAAGUCUGAAGAAGGGGUCCAGGUUGAAACAUUCAAGAAUUCUGAAAACCAAUUGCUCUACUCUGAGAAGUCUGAAGAUCAGGUGGAGCACACUGAAAAGUCAGAAGAUCAGGUGGAGCACACUGAAAAGUCCGAAGAUCAGGUGGAGCACACUGAAAAGUCCGAAGAUCAGGUGGAGCACACUGAAAAGUCCGAAGAUCAGGUGGAGCACACUGAAAAGUCCGAAGAUCAGGUGGAGCACACUGAAAAGUCCGAAGAUCAGGUGGAGCACACUGAGUAGUCCAAAGAUCAGGUGGAGCACACUGAGUAGUCCAAAGAUCAGGUGGAGCACACUGAAAAGUUUGAAGUACACAAAGCUGAUGGUCAUUUUGAAGCUCCUCAGAACCAUACUGAGAAUUCUGAAGCACAAUGAAACUUGCUGAUGCUCCACAGGACUGAAGCACCAACAGAUAUUGAUCAGCUUCAAUUCAGUGAUCAGCUGUUGUUUUUUUUGUUGUCAUUUUUUGUUUUGUAAGGAAGUUCGAAAUAAAGAAUGAUAAUGUGUAAGGCAUCCAGUACUUUGGCAUCACUAUCAAGUUAUGCUAGAGAUCAACUUGACUUCUGAUUACGAUGAUGUGGAAUCAUGUUCAGAUACCCAAUCUUUGAACAGCAGUGACCUCAACCUGCCAUUAGAGACAUUGGGCUUAAUGCUGGACAAACUGUUAGAAGACUGAAGAGGAAUCAGC